UUGAACCAUUUUAUUUGAUAUUGAGUGUUUUAGGUUUUCUUGUUUUAUUUAAAUAAAUUAAAAUAUCGCGGCUGAGCUGGCAAUAUCUCCUAUCUCGCAUUUUUACGAUUUUGAGCUUUAUUGUGAUAUAGAUACAGAUGCACGUUCCGCAACCGUUAGUAAACAUCUCCUAUUGGCCAAAAAUCUCGUUUGUUUGAAAAUUUGGCCUUGAAAUUUCUCCUAUUAAAAUGCUGCCCAAAAACAGUAUUGCAAUAUCUCCUAUUACACAGUUUUAUUUGAGGCAAGUUGUUAUGUGUGUCGUGCUCCCGAAUUUUCCUAUUUUUGAAGCUAAUAGUGGCUUAGGCGAUAGGAGCUUUUGCCUCGAAAAAUAUCUAAGAAUAUUGUGCAAAUAGGAGGUUUUGUCAGAAUGACUUCACGCGGCAAGAAAAUUUUAGCUAUGAUAACUACCAACCAAAAAUCCAAAAGUGAUAUUGAUAAUAAUGAAUUUAAUAAGACUGAUGAACAAACGAAGAAUACUAAUGAUAAUAAAGAAAAUAAGACUUAUAAUGAAACUAACUGUGAUAAUAUUAACGUCAUUGAACCUACCGAAAGUACAAAAAAAAUAAAAUUUGAUAUUGAAAAUCUACCGGUGGUGAUGCUAGAUGGACAGAAUGAGCUUGAGAAUUCUAAAGAAGAUAAUGAAGAAAACAAUCUUGUUUCCCUGUGCUUUGAUAGCCUGUUGGAGGAUAACGCUACAGUAUCGCUUGAAGAGGAAUCUUAUAUGUAUGAGCUAGAUGAAAAUGGUGUGCUGAUUAAUCAAACUCUGCUAAAUCCUUUGGAAAUAUCGAUCAAUUCAGAACUUGAACAAUCAACAAAUAAUCUAGAAAGAUCUGAAGUAAUGAAUGAUUUGCUUGAUAACAAUGAAACUGGCAGUGAAUCAGUGAGGAGUAGCUCACUAGAAAAAAACGAUGGAGUCGUAGAACAGAAUUACCAAUCAACCUAUGAUAAUGAAAAAGAUAACGAUUCAGACUACCAACCCGAAUCGGAAAUCAACAAUAAUAGUUCCGAUUCGGAGGAUUCGGAGAUGAUUGAUCGAACAGAAAAUGCCAAUUUAGAUGCAGAAAUUGGGAAUCAAGAAGAAAAUAAUAAGGCGCGUAAAAGAAGAUUAGUUGCCAAUUCGGAAGAGUGGAAAAGAAAUAAAAAUAAAAAACUAAGGCUAGAAGGAAAACCUUAUCUCGGUUUUAGCAAGAAGAAAGGAGAGAAAAUGAAGCAGGAUACUCAAAGGGUUGAACGAAGAUUGAAAGAAACAUGCAAAUCUACAAAAUGCAAAAAAAGUACUAAGAGAUUUUGUCAACAAUUUACAGAAGAAACACGACAACAAAUUUUUAGUAAAUUUUGGAACGAAACGGAUUGGGGUCAAAGAAAGGUUUUUGUAUCUUCGAAUGUAAUCAAACAAAAUACUGCACGGGGUAGAGAAGCAUCGCGAAGACAGGGUACAUACUUAUAUUAUUUGAAUUCAGGAGACAAAAGACUUCAAGUUUGUAGGCAAAUGUUCAUAAAAACUUUAGACCUAGGAUAUAAAACUAUCCAAGAUUGGGUGAGUAAGGGCACAUUUGGCAUGGGUUCCGAAUCUUCCAGGAACACCAACUAUAACAGGGAUAAAUACGCGAAUCAGUACAAAAAUCUAAAUACAUUUUUUGAGCAGUUACCUAAGUUGCCAGCACAUUAUUGUAGAAAAGAUACCUCAAAACUCUACCUAGAGCAAUCCUUCCAGACCUUCACUGAUCUUUAUAAAGCUUACACAGACUAUUGCACAGAAUUCGAUACUGGUCAGCCUCUCAACAGAAAAAUUUUCAGAAAAGCGUUUAAAGAGAAAAACCUCUCUAUAUUUUCACCUAAGAAGGAUCAGUGCAAUACUUGCUUUUCCUAUAAAUAUAAUAACAUUGAGGAGUCAAAGUGGAAAACACACAUUGAAAAUAAAAAUAAAGCUAGGGAAGAAAAAAUCAAAGACAAAAAGUUAGCAGAAGAGGGUAAAUGUAUUGUUUUGACAAUGGAUUUGCAAGCGGUUAAGUUGUCGCCUUAUGUUCCUGCAGGAAAACUAUACUUCAAGACAAAAUUAUGCUGUCAUAAUUUCACUAUCUAUGAUCUUGCCACAAGGGACGUCACAUGCUAUUGGUUUUCUGAAGAUCAGAAUAGUGACUUAUGUGCAUCUACGUUUACAACGUGUAUUAUUGAUCAUUUAGAAUCCAAAUGCAUAACAGAAUCCAAAGUACCAAUUAUCAUCUACUCUGACGGAUGUGGUUUUCAAAACCGAAACAAAGUGUUGGCGAAUGCUUUGCUGAACUUGGCAAUGAAACAUGAAGUUACCAUUUACCAAAAGUAUCUUGAACCGGGGCAUACCCAAAUGGAAUGUGACUCGGUUCAUAGCCUAAUUGAGCGUAAAUUAAAAAACAGAGAAAUUCACUUACCAAGUGAUUAUUGCUCAGUGUCAAGAGAAUGUAGGGUUACUCCUAGACCUUAUGAUGUAAAGUUGCUGGAAUUUAAUUUCUUUAAAAACUAUGCAGAAACUAAACAUUUAAGAUACACUUCUCUCAGACCUGGCAAAAGAGCCUAUGAGCCAGUAAUAAAUGACAUAAGAUGUAUCAGAUACACUGCGCUGCCAACUCCUGAAAUAACUGUUAAGCUUUCCUAUGAAGAACCCUAUAUAAGUCUGCCAGUUAGGCCCAAAUCGAUCCCAGUUAUUGAUUCAUACCCACCCCUGUUAAGUGCACCUAGCAAAAUUAAAAAAUCUAAAUGGGAACAUCUACAGGAACUUAAAUCGGUACUGCCUAAAGACACUCAUGCAUUUUAUGACAAUAUUUUGUAUACCAAAUAA